UGCGAUUAUCCCCUAGUUGGAUCAGUUUUCUUUUUUCUUUAUUCUUUUAGCCCUCGGACGAGUCAGACACUGAUCUCUACGUUCUUAACCCAACUUUGGUCGCAUUCCCCAACUUCCCAAUACUACGUUUUCUCUGCUCGAAGGUACUCACUCUCGGAACUUUCUCAACAAUGGCCGAUGAAGGUUUGGCUGCUCAUAGAAGAGAACCUAUCAAGUCUUCAGUUGGAAAUGUUGCGGCACAUCGAAGACGGAAAAAUGCAGCUACUGUUGGAAAAGAAAGAAGAGAAUCAUUGGUGCGGGCAAAGCGCCUGUGUAGGGUGGGUAUUAGUGGUGAUACUGAUGUUUCUCUUGAAAAUGACAUGAUGAUUGAUGAAGAGCAAUCAAUUCUGGAAGCUCAAACUUCUUCUGCAGUAGAAGAGUUGAAAUCCUCUGUGGCAUAUCAGGGAAAAGUUGCAAUGCAGAAGAGAGUGAAUGCACUUCGUGAACUAAGGCGUUUGUUAUCAAGAUCUGAAUUCCCUCCUGUUGAAGCUUCUCUUAAAGCUGGGGCAAUACCCAUACUUGUACAAUGUCUUUCAUUUGGCUCUCCAGAUGAACAGUUGCUUGAGGCAGCUUGGUGCCUCACAAACAUUGCUGCAGGAAAACCUGAAGAAACGGAAGCUUUAUUGCCUGCAUUACCAUUGCUUAUUGCUCAUCUUGGAGAAAAUAGUUCCUUGUCUGUUGCCGAGCAGUGUGCAUGGGCAUUAGGAAAUGUUGCUGGUGAAGGGGAGAAGCUAAGAAAUGUUUUGUUAUCCCAAGGGGCCUUACUACCUCUUGCGAGAAUGAUGCUGCCAAACAAGGGUUCAACUGUGAGAACAGCUGCUUGGGCAUUGUCAAAUCUAAUAAAGGGACCAGAUCCUAAAGCUGCCACAGAACUCAUCAGAGUUGAUGGGUUAUUGGAUGCAAUUGUUCGGCACUUGAAAAAAGCAGAUGAUGAGUUGACAACUGAAGUAGCAUGGGUAGUAGUGUAUCUCUCAGCCCUUUCAAAUGUUGCUACUGGUAUGCUGGUGAAGACCGAUGUCCUUCAACUUCUCGUGGAAAGACUGGCAACAUCAAAUAGCUUGCAAUUGCUCAUUCCGGUGUUGCGAAGUUUAGGUAAUCUUGUGGCUGGUGAUUCGAACACAACUCAUGCUGUUCUCGUUCCUGGCCGUGAAAUUACAGAUCAUGUCAUAGAAGUCCUUGUGAAAUGUUUGAAGAGUGAACACCGGGUUUUGAAGAAGGAAGCAGCAUGGGUGCUAUCUAAUAUAGCCGCUGGUUCUGUGGAACACAAGCAGUUGAUAUACUCUAGCGAGGCGGUGCCAUUGCUAUUGCGCCUUCUUUCUACAGCACCAUUUGACGUAAGAAAGGAGGUAGCAUAUGUACUGGGAAACCUUUGUGUUGCCCCCACAGAAGGUGAUGGAAAACCAAAUCUGAUCCAUGAGCACUUGGUUUCACUUGUUGGUAGAGGAUGCCUGCCUGGAUUUAUUGAUUUGGUCAGAUCUGCUGAUACUGAGGCUGCAAGAGUAGGACUUCAGUUUAUGGAGCUGGUUUUAAGGGGCAUGCCGCAUGGUGAGGGUCCAAGGCUCGUUGAACGUGAGGAUGGAAUUGAUGCCAUGGAAAGGUUUCAGUUUCAUGAAAAUGAAGACUUGAGAAAUAUGGCAAAUGGUCUAGUUGACACAUACUUUGGGGAAGACUAUGGGCUUGAUGACUAGGGCAAGCAAUGCAAGCAUCUCCAGUGAUUCCCCACCUAUCUACUUCCUUGCAUGAGACAUCUCCUUUGCAUUUUCUUUGCCAAUCCUCUGUACAACAAUAAUUCACCGUCCGUGCUGAAUGGAGUAAGAUCUGAGCAGGUUUGGUUUGAACAUAUAACAUAUGGGGAGUCAGCUGUAUGGCCUCUGUUGGGCACUGUUGUAAGUUUUUUUCUUUUUCUUUUUUUUUUUCGGUGUUUUUCUUUUUCACUUAUGUAGGGAAAGUAUUCUGGAUAGCCAGAGUAAAGCUGAUUAUUGUUUUC